AUGGCAAAAACAUCAAAAACCGCUCCUCAAAAGGAAAAAGCCUCUUCUUCGCGACCGGCCAGCGAUAAAAUGCCGGUGGAGCCACGCAUCGAAGAGUGUGUUCCUGGGUUAUGCGAUCUUAUUUUCGAUUUCAAGAUCGAGAAAACCUCUUCGGUCCCUAGCCGAUGUGAGUCGAUGUCGAGAUGUAUAUGCUCGAUAACUGAGGGUGACCUGAAGCAAGUGAAAAAGGAUUGCCAUUGGGAAGCGAUUUCUUGGGUGCACGGUGCAAUCCCAAACCUUGAAGGCCAGGUUUGGAAACUGGCCUCGACCUCUUCGUACGCUGAGCAUUUGUGGCACAAUUUGGCAAAGGGCCGAUGGGAGUCCAAAAAUCACGGUCUCGGGGACAAUGUUAUCAUGAGGCCGCCCCUACCUGGGGAAGAGGAGGCCCCGAAACCGGCUAAGGAUAAGAAGAGUAGAAGAGCCUCGCCUUCCGAUACUUUAAAGCCUAAGAAGAGCAAGGAUCGUAAGUCGAAGAAUGACACCGCAGCUCUGCCUGCCGACGUAGCCCAAAAACUACGAGAUGAAGAAGAAGAGAAAGAAGAUGAUGACUAUGAGCUGGUAGCCCGAAAGAGGGGGAGCACUAAAGAUUCAAAGGCAGCUGAACCGGUGAUGGUCGAUGAGGCUCAUCUUCGGACCGAGGAGAUCUCGGAAGAUGGUUCGAGCAAAGUCCCGAGUCAUCGGAGGCUGAAGAUGUCUCCCACCAUGACGAAUAAUCGGCUAGCUGUGAUGCUUCAUCGGGAAGCGUUAUCCAAAUCCCGAGCUGAGCUGAACCAAUGUGAGGCCGAUCUCAAAAGGCUCAUGGAGGAAAGAGAAGCCCUCAAACUCUUCAGCGGGCAAAAAGAAGAGGAGAUCAGGGACUUCCGAGCUGAACUGGCCAAAGCUCACAAAGAGCAGACUGACUUGAUCGAACAGGUUCAGCAGAAGGCUGAAAAGAUCGAGCAGCUUCGCGAGGAGGCUAAGAUGAGAGAGGCAGAGACUUUGGGGUGGAAACAGAACAUGGACCGCCUCGCCUCGGAGAAAGAUACUUCUCGAGCCCAGCUAUCUUUGGCUGAGAAUCAACUUUAA